AUGUCUGAGGAAGAGCUAUUAUCGUUGGACAAUUCAGCUCAGAUCUUCAAUGCCUUGUCAGACCUGCCGGGAGUAGUAGAUGAUAUGGAUAAGCUUGUACAGUCAGCAGUAAGGAUACAGAUAAAUAUCGAAGAUGAGGUGUGUAUCGGACCCGAAUGUUUUAGUUGUACGAUUGGCAUGCGUCACUCUGCCUCCCUGACUGACAUCAUCGUGGACACACACAGACGGAAACAUCUAGCCUAUCUAAUGGCUGAACAAGGUGCUAUUGUCAACCCUGAAUCGGCAGGAAACCUUCCAAAACAGCAAGUGAACAAGCGUCAACUGCAGAGGAGAAAAUCACUGAUGGGAGCUCUGUUUCCUAAUCAGGAUGAUUCCAAUGAUUUGAAGGCUAAGAACAUUCGUCAGACGGAGCUUGUGUCAGAUUUGAGGGAAGCCAUUCAACAGAUCGGAAGACACUUUCAAGCUAUCGACCCAAAGAAUGCAAAAAUAGGUCUGAUACCAGACUACUCUCUGGAAAGUCACCAGAAAGACCAUGAACAGUUUGUGAACAUCACAAGAACGAGGAAAAGAAGGGCCAAAGCACUGCUGGACUUUGAGAGGCAUGAUGAUGAUGAAUUGGGCUUUAGAAAAAAUGAUAUCAUCACAAUCAUAUCUCAGAAAGAUGAGCACUGCUGGGUAGGUGAGCUGAAUGGCCUUCGGGGUUGGUUUCCAGCCAAGUUUGUAGAGAUCUUGGAUGAGAGGAGUAAACAGUACACCAGCGCGGGGGACGAUGCGGUCACAGAAACCAUCACAGACCUAGUCAGAGGAUCGUUAUGUCCUGCACUUAAAGCUGUAUUUGAACACGGUUUGAAGCAGCCUUCUAUCUUAGGAGCUACAUACCAUCCAUGGCAUUUUAUGGAAGAGGCAAGUGCUAAGGAAGUUGAGAGAGAUUUUGAAUCGGUGUACUCGAGACUGGUGCUUUGUAAGACUUAUAGACUGGACGAGGACGGUAAAGUGCUAACACCAGAAGAGCUUCUGUAUCGGUCAGUCCAAGCGGUCAAUCUGACCCACGACGUAGCCCAUGCUCAGAUGGACGUCAAGUUCAGAUCGUUGACGUGUCUAGGCCUCAAUGAACAAGUGCUCCACCUGUGGCUCGAGACCCUGUGCUCCUGCGACAAGAUCGUGGAGAAGUGGUACCACCCGUGGUCCUUCCUCCGCAGCCCCGGCUGGGUCCAGAUCAAGUGCGAGCUCCGGGUCCUCUCCAACUUUGCCUUCAACCUGUCGCAGGAUUGGGAGCUCCCCAUCAAGAAAGACACUUGGGGACGAGCAGUGAAUCCUCCACAGAGUCAAAAAUCGUUAAAAGACAGCGUACAAGAUAUGCUUAUCAAGCACCACCUCUUCAGUUGGGACCUCUAACAUUUGACCUCUUCAUGACCCACCAUGACCUCUGACCUUGGAUGGGUUCAUCAUUGCACUUCCAGGGCACCAUCACAUCCCCCUGGCAACAGCUCUUUCCCCUCUCAUGGUGAAAUCUACUUGGUUCUUUUACACUCAUCUUUUGGUCGCAAGGUGUAUUAAUAUUUUUUAGUUACCUGGUCAUGUAUGAAGUGUAUUGAUUUGCCAAUGCAUAUAAGAAGUCAUGGGACUUUUUUCAUGGUAUUUUCAUAUGUCACAACUUUGUUUAAUCUAAUCUUUUCCUCUAUGGUGAUUUGAUUUUAUUUAUGAUUAAUAUUCCAUCACUGUCCAAUAACUCAAGGUCCAUGGGAUAUUGCACAAAGACAUGUACAUUUAUGACAGGACUAAUUUAUUUGCAUUUGUUAUAUAUUUUAUUACUGAGUGAAGAGGCUUAUUGUCGUCUCCUUGUAAGGUGUUCUGAUAUAAAGAAUAAUGUCACAUUCACAGAUGUGCAAAACAUGUUUUUAGAUUCAUUUUUCAAUUGUGUGCUCUUCCCGAGGAUAACAAUGCCUGUGCUCAUGUCAUAAAGAUUCUUUCUAAAGCCAUGUGUUUUUCGAAUCAGAGGGUGAACACUCAGGCAUGAAAACAAUGUUAUAUUUUUAGAAUGUCAACAUGCAGGAAUUUGGAUUCAGUCGGGGAAGACAAAAUUUGGUUGAACCCCGCCUACAAAAGAACAUCUGUGCUUUGUUGAACAGCUGAUUCAGUGGGAUCAUUUCUUCGGUCCCAUUUCUAUAUUUCCGUGUGGGAUAUUGGACCCUGCCCUUCUUCCUCUAGAAAGUUUGUCGACCUGAUAUUAAAUCUUUGAUGGCAUGUAUAAUAUUAUGUAAACACAUAGAUAAUCAUGUCCUUUAGUAAGACAUGCAAACAUGAAUAUUUGCGAGAGAUUGUUCAAUCAAUCAAAUUUCAAGAACACACGCCAAAAGAAAGGAAAAUUCUAUUAUUAAAAAUGAUGUGAAGGCCUUGGAAUGUUGGUAUGUUUUAUUUUCACUCUAAUAUACAUUGGGAUGUACAAAAUAAGUGGAACAUUGCCAUUGCAUGAAAGCAAAUUUGUUAUGCAAAUAGAAGCUUGGUGAAAUCCUCAAGUUCUGUUGACAGGCUUUAGUAUUCUAUUCAAUUGAUGGACUUUUCAAGAAAUAGUUCAUAUAAUGUAAGCAUGCUGUACCUUGAACCCCAAAUAUUAUUGUAUCACAGUUUGAUAACGUCUUUGACAUAUAAAUAUUCACCUUUAGGAAAGGAGAACUUCAUAGCAAAGCUUAGAAAUGGUGCCCUCUAAUGUCCACCCUAUUUGUGGUAGAAUGAAUUUACGCCAGCCGGCCCCCAUUAAGAACAAAAAAGGCGGAGAUUCAUUUGGUUUGAAGGUCCUGUGUGUGGUUUUUAAAUAUUCUUUUAUUAAGCAUAUAUAUAUACACCAACUUGAAUGAAUGAAUAGGGUUUUCCCCAAAACACAGACAGUGCAUAUAUGAGCUUGAUGUUUUCACUACACUACACAAAUGGGUAUUCAGUGUUUCCCUUCAACAUGCAAGAUUGCAGAGAUAAUCAGAUAGAUAGGGGAACUAUUGGCCAAUCAGAAUGUUGUGGUUAGAAAGGGGGAGGAGCCUGCAUGCUGUUGGCCCCUCCCAGUCUCAGUGGCUACUCUGUGUGAAAUUUCAAUCCCACUUGAGGAUAGAGGACUCUAUGAAACCAAUUGGCUGAAAUAGGAGGGUAUGGUUCCUUGUAAACUCCCAUUGAAUGAAUUAAAGUUGCAGGUAGAUAUCUGAUUUAGAGGAAGAAGGGUACCCAUAUGGAGAGCAUCUCUUGAAGCAAGUAGUCGGUGAUUUCUACCGACAAAUUUGCUCUCAGCCAAUCAAAUGUAAGGAUUUCAGUAGCUUAUAACAAGCAGUGGAAAUCAGCGUUUCAUGAAAAGCUCCCGGGGUUGAAGUUUGAAUCAAUGCCUUUGAUUGGGGAAUCGCUAGGUCCAUGUACAUUUAUCGAGCUUCCCCCUUUUUUUUAUAUAUCAAGACGUAUGAUACAGUUGUGCUAAAAAAUUAGUGAACCCCACCACACAAAUAACACUCCUUCAUGCCGAGUGUUGAAUGUAGACAAUAACUCUUAAAUGUUCGGCGAGCCAUUAGAAACAAACUUUAUUGAAUGUAAUAUUUUGUUACCUGAAUUCACAAUUAAGUAUAAAAAACAUGGGAGAACUUUAACACUUCAUGUUCAUUUUCUGGUGGGGUUCACUAACUUUUGAGCACCACUUUAGACCAUCCUUCUUUUACUUGAUGUAAAGGGGAAGUUCACUUGACAAUACGUUGACCUAACUGAAAGCAAAAAAUAAAAAUUAAGAAUAAAGAUGGAGAUAAAAAUAAGAAAUGAAAAUAAAGAAAAAUAUUGGUGAAGGUUUGAUUAAAAUAUGAAAGAGAAUUAGAUAGUUCAGUUGAUUAUUUUUAUUUUUAAGAUUUAAAAUGAGCAGGUAUUGCUCUGAGCAUAUUAGUAGAUGGGAGAGAAGGGGCUACACUGUUACCCUUUUGGAGUUGACUUUGUGACACAAAUGAGUCAAUCGCUUUCUCUCCUAUCCAGUGAGGAUUAUCUUAACCUCAUGGUGUCUAUCCCAAAUUUCAACUUCAAUAAUCGUCACUGUCCAAGGUCCACAAUCCAAUUGAAAACAUCCUCUUAUUUUACUAUAAAAAUACAAUGUAUGUGUGCGGAUAGCUAGUCAGAAGUUGAAGAGGUAUAGUAUAAAAAAUCUUUGGCUGCUUGCCAAGAAAAUUAAUCUGCCAUUUUAUGAAACCUCAAAAUUACCCUGCCAUAGCUAGGGGUUAUAGAUAUAUGCCAUUAAGAAACCACAAUAUUUCCUGCCACUCACUGCCAUCCCCAUGUAUAAUAACCAGGGAAGUUUAGGCUGAUGGGGUCAGUCACACCGACGAACCGGACUCCAGCCUUUACAUUGGUUUCAAUGGCAUAUCAUUGAUCAGUUUGGAGUCAAUCUUGCCAUUGUGACUGUGGCAUGAGUCCAUUCAAAAGAGUAUCACAUACUGCUCCUACAGCUGAAACUUAUUACCAAUUGGUUUUGGCAGUGUGCCAUGGGUUAUGGAAGCACUGACCAUUUAAUGAAUCGUAAAUAUUUGCCACUGUGUACAUAAAUCACUCGCAAACAUCAUUUGUAAGUUUUCAACAAGUGAUUAAGCAUAGGGUGGUUAAUAGCAGUAUUUAGUUUGUGAUUACAAUCAAUCUUUGUUUCUGUGGUUUCAUGAUUAGAUGUUCUGUUUAGCUUUUGUUGCAUCUGGAAUGCUUCUUCCUCGAAAGUGAAAAGCCAUGAAGGAAUGGGUGACACGACAUUUGCUCCUGCGACAAUUGCUCCGGGCUUAAUUUGGUCGGAGAUGUAGGGUUAGGGCUUGGGUUGCAAUAGGGUUUUAUGUUAGUGUUAGGUUUUGGGUAGGGUAUAGUGUUAAACCCAGGGUUGAAGUUGGUCAUUCGAUUUGUGUGUGGAAUUUACAGCGGAGCAAUUGUCGCCCGAGCUUAUGUCAUGGAACCAAGGAAUCACACUGGCUUAUGUGUUUUUUUAGCAGGGCGGUGUUUCAUAAAGCUGUUUGUAAAGUUACGCACAACUUUACGCAAGACUGGAACAUGUUCUUAGGACAUAAAUCAAUUACAUAGGGAUAUCAC